GCACCCUUCAAGUAUUCAUUUUGAAGCACUUGUUGUCAUCUCCCAUCUGAUUUUCUUAAUCAUGGCUUAUCAUCGUUUGCCUUUUUUUGUGUUACCCUUUUUGUUAAUCACUUUGUCAUCGAUGAGUAGCAACACAGUCUUGGUUGGCGCUCGGCGUCUUUUGGAGACAUCUGUGCCGGAGAUUCCUAAACCCGAGUUGCCUGACAUGCCGUCAUUCCCAAAGGUUGAACUUCCAAAGCCUGAAUUGCCAGAAAUCCCGAAACCUGAACUACCUAAAAUGCCCGAGUUGCCAAAACCUGAAUUGCCUAAAGUUCCGGAGUUGCCAAGGCCCGAAUUGCCUAAGGUCCCCGAGUUUCCAAAAGUUCCAGAGUUGCCAAAAUCAGAAUUACCCAAGGUUCCUGAGUUUCCGAAAGUGCCAGAGUUGCCAAAGCCUGAAUUUCCUAAGAUUCCCGAGUUGAAAAAAUCCGAAGAAGUUAAAGUUCCAGAGAUUCCCAAUGCUCCUAAAUUGUCAAAAUCUGAAGCACCAAAAGUUCCGGAGUUACCAAAGCCAGAAUUUCCUAAAGUUCCUGAAGUGCCCAAGCCUGAAUUACCCAAAGCUCCCGAGUUGCCAAAACCUGAAUUACCAAAAGUUCCUGAGUUACCAAAGCCAGAAUUGCCUAAAGUUCCCGAGUUACCUAAGCCAGAAUUGCCCAAGCCUGAAUUACCCAAAGCUCCUGAGUUGCCAAAACCUGAAUCACCAAAAGUUCCUGAGUUACCAAAGUCAGAAUUGCCUAAAGUUCCUAAGGUGCCUAAGUCGGAAUUGCCCAAAGCUCCUGAAUUGCCAAAAAUUCCUGAGUUAACAAAAUCGGAAUUGCCUAAAAUUCCUGAGGUACCAAAACCAGAAUUGUCCAAAGCGACUGAGUUGCCAAAACCUGAAUUACCCAAAGUUCCUGAGGUGCCUAAGCCAGAAUUGCCAAAAGCUCCUGAAUUACCAAAACCCCAAUUACCUAAAAUUUCCGAGUUAACAAAACCAGAAUUGCCUAAAGUUCCAGAGGUACCGAAACCAGAAUUGCCCAAAACUCCUGAGUUGCCAAAACCUGAAUUACCUAAAGUUCCUGAAUUGCCUAACAUGCCGAAACCCGAAGAACCCAAAGUUCCAGAGCUACCCAAACCAGAACUACCUAAGUUACCCAAUCUACCAAAGCCGGAAACACCUAAACAAGAAUUGCCUUAAGUUGCCUGAUUUGCCUACCGUACUAAAACCUUGAAUCAUGGUACAAUGUUUGUUUUCCCUCAACAAUAAACAUAUGAUUUUUAGAUAUUCUUCUUAUAAGAGUGUGUUGAUUAGCAUAUUUAAAUUCAUGUCAUGUAUCACUUGUGGACUAGAUUAUUUAUAUAUGUUUGUUUUGAGUGAUUUUAUUGUUAUCAUCUUAUAUUAUACAUGUACACUUUCUAACUAAAUUUAUAGUUAUAUACACAAAGUUCAAUUUUUUCUUUA